GGUCACAAAUCUCCACAUGAUUGGCAUAAAUGCACAUAUUGUUUCCCAGCCUUAUAAGUCACUCUCCAACUCCAAGCCAAACUGAAGAACCAUCUCAGGUUUUGUGUUCUUUAAACUAAAACAAGAAGAAAUAGAAGAAGAAGAAGAAAAAACCCAUUUUUAAAAUGAAAAUGAGUUGCAAAAAGAAUUGGGUUUGGAUCAUAUUUCUUGUAGGUCUUGUAGUGCUAAACUAUGGCUGCUUCUCAGAAGCAAGAAGACAUAAUCCAUCUGAAGCUGUACUUGUUGGGACUGUGUACUGCAACACAUGCCAGCAUUUCUCAAAGCCUAGUCCCUCGAUUUCGGGUGCAUCGAUUGCAGUGGAAUGUGGGAGCUCGGAAAAAUGUCCGAGGUUCGGAAAGGAGGUGAAAACGGAUAGGAAUGGCGAGUUCAAAGUGAAGCUGCCUUUCUCUGUGAUCAAACUUGCCAAGAAAACAAAGGGCUUCUGCUCUGUGAAGCUAAUUAGCAGCAGUGAUGAACCUUUUUGUGCUGGAACAGCUUCUUCUCCUGCAACUUCUACAAGUUCCAUACAUCUGAUAGAAACAAAGCAAGGGAAACAGAUAUUCUCAGCAGGGUCUUUCGCAGUCAAACCAGAUGCUUGUAACCGAACGCGAAAGGGUAAGAAAACAGGCACUCCAAAGUCUCAGAAACCUGAAACCAGCCAAGAAAAUGGGAUAUCUCACAAGAAGUCUAAGUAUUUAAGUCCAGAUGAUACCUCAUUUGCCCCUCCAAUCCAAGAUGCACCGCCGCGUGGCUUAUUGCUUCCUCCGGUGACACAAGGUGGUGUUUCUCUGCCGCUGCCGGAAAUCCCUCCAAUCCCAAAGAUCCCUUUCCUGCCUGGGGUUCCCGGAUUUCCAACUGUGCCUAAAAAGACAGAAAAUUUAGACAAGACAGCAAGGGAAAGCCAGUCAGGAGAUGAAAAGACAGCCCAACCUGGGAUUUUCGCGCCAGUAAUUGGCGGCGGUCUGCCGCCAAAUCCGCUGCUGCCGCCGCCUUCUCAGCUUCCGGUGAACCCUUUUCUGCCACCAUCUUCCAUUACACCACCAGUCCCUUCACUGCAGCAACCCUUUCCAUUUCUGCCAUCUCCAUCUCUCCCAACUCCUCUCCCACAGUUCCCCUUCCAACCAACACCAACUUUCCCUGGAGUUCCACCAGCUGCUGCUGCUUCUUUUACCCAGAAGAAGAGUUCUCCAUAAACAAAUAUGCUGUUUUCUCCUAUUGUCAUCACUAUCUUUUAGGCAGUUCUGUUCUUUCUGAUUUGAUGGUGAUGUUAUUGUACUGAUUAUGACAGAUAUGUUGUAAUGCUGAAAUAAAGACAACCAUUCUCU